AUGCCAGCUAUAUCUGGCUCCUAUCAGUAUACCUGGUCUGUGGCAUCUCCCGUGGCACCAAAUAACUCGUUGGCUACAACACGACAAGUAGACUUUCCUUCUUCGUUAGCUUCACAACCACAGCACUGCUACCCAGCUAAUUCUUUACCACAGCUGUCUUCACAAAACUUUCCACAUGUGACAACUUCUCUUCCACCUACCACUUCUAAUCAUGCAUGUAAUGCUUUAUCACAACCAUUAUACCAAAAUCAAUGCACAAAUUCUUCCCUUUCUUCAGAUACAUCAGACCAUCAAAGGGUUUCCCCUGUUCAGACUACUUCAGUGAUGUCACAAAGCCCACUUUCCACAUCAUCUCAACCUACCUCACAUAAUGUUACAACAUCUAACCCGACUUCCACGUCACAACAGAUCAUUACUACCAGUUCCUCGUCAGGUACAUUACAAAGUCAUUAUGCACCAAAAGCAGUGCAACAUGUCCUUAUGGUCAACCCUCCCCAUAAUGCUUUACCGAAUAGCUAUUCACCCAGUGUUCAUGUUUCCCCAACACAAUUGAUAUUAGAUAAAAACAACUCGGGACUAUCUGGUAGCCAGCAACUAACAAACCAGAAAGGUGGAGCCACAGCCCAACAGACUUAUAUGCCAAUGUAG